AUGCUUCUCACGCAUAUCAAUCCUUGGUAUAGUCCCGAAUCGGAAUUCGAACCAACGCCCUUCCUCGCUCUAUUCCUCCGAGCCCCCGUAAAGCUGCUCCUCUACCAUUCGUACCACCUUCUCACGUACCUGCGCUCAACCCCGAAACCCUCACAGCAACCACCCGUUCGAGUCGUCUGUAUCUCGGACACGCACAAUCACAUACCAGAGGAUGUACCGGAAGGCGAUCUACUCAUCCAUGCCGGGGAUAUGACAAAUGAUGGAAGCGUGGCGGAGAUACAGAAACAAAUCGACUGGCUGAAUUCGCUGCCGCAUAAGGAGAUUGUCGUCAUUAGUGGAAACCAUGAUACCUUUCUGGACCCAAGGACGCGGCCUUCGCUGUCGGAGGAGCAGAGAGCUGGGAAGCUGGACUGGAAGAGAGUGCACUACUUGCAGCAUCGGCGGUUGAGUCUUACGAUCAAGGUCGAGCCUAGGGACGGUGAUCAGACAAAUGCAACGACGCCCUUGCUUGCGGCGGAACAAAACCAGAGAAGGAUACGGAUCUACGGCGCGCCGCAAAUUCCAGCAUGUGGACCUACGAACGUUCAUGCUUUUCAGUAUGAAAGAGGUCGAGACGCCUGGUCAGAAACUGUACCUGAGGAUAUCGACAUCUUGAUCACACAUACACCGCCGAAACACCAUCUGGAUUUGUCAUUACCCACAGGAAUUGGCUGUGAGCAUCUCUUUGCUGAGGUCAAACGGGUAAAGCCUACAUUGCAUGUCUUCGGUCAUGUCCAUUUGGGAGCUGGGCAGACUGUAGUUCAUUGGGAUAAAGCUCAUGAUGCCUAUGUGCGAGGACUUUCCAUAAAGUCAAAGUGGACAAGAGGCCUACUCAAUCCAAAGCUGUGGUGGAACAUUGUUAGGGUCGCAUACCGUGGGAUGAGAGAGCUGCUGUGGGAUCGCGUGUGGGGUGGACAAAGUCCAAACACAAUCAUGGUCAAUGCAGCCCAAACAAUUGGAAACACAGGGAAGUUGGGCAACCCCGUCCAAGUCGUCGACAUUUAA